AUGCAAACGGAUAAUGGACCACCCUUUCAAAGUGCAGCGUUUGUCGAGUUCUGGAAGGAUAAAGGGAUUGAUAUUAGAAAGUCCAUACCAUUAAGUCCUCAAUCCAACGGAGCUGUCGAGAGGCAGAAUCAGGGAAUCUUAAAAGCGUUAUCUGCCUCUAAACUUGAUGGUCGAAAUUGGCGCAAUGCACUGCAGGAAUACGUCCAUCGUCACAAUACGUUGGUUCCUCACUCAAGACUUGCGGUGACACCAUUUGAGCUGAUGGUGGGCUGGAAGCAUCGCGGCACAUUCCCCAGCCUGUGGAGUAGCCCCUUCAACGAGAAAUUGGAUCGAGCAGAAGUUGCGGAUAGGGAUGCAGAUUCGAAGCAUUUGAGUAAGCUGUACGCAGAUUCAGUAAGAGGCGCCAAGGAGUCCGACAUCAAAAUCGGUGAUGUGGUGUUGCUUGCUCAUCAGAAGCGAUCAAAAACGGACCCUACAUUUUCAUCGGAGCGUUUCAGAGUAGUAGCUAAAGAGGGAGCGAAAGUGGUUAUUAUGAGUAAUACAGGAGUACAAUAUGCCCGAAAUGUACGGGAAGUGAAAAUAGCUCCGGAUCUCGAAGCAAUUCGGGAAACAAACGAUGAUCUUGAUAACUCGGCGGAUGGCGACGGAAUUUCAAAUUUUGAAAACGUUGAUGCGACUUCGGAGAAUGUCAGCUCUGCUUUAACAGACCGGAAGAAUGAACAACGAGCGCUUCGCAAUCGCAACUUUGUGAAACGACCAUCAAGGUUCGACGACAAGUUUGUGUACCGUGUGUUUCACUAG